GGGGUACUUCACUUUACCAACUUCAAUCUUGAGCACAGCGUACAAUCGGUCGUGCUACCUCUUUAUUUUACUACUUAAAUUUACGAAUUACAUAUUACAUAUUGAACAAACGGACAGCCCGUUUCAACCGCCAAAAUGUCGAAGCCCUUUGACCCAGAGACGGCGGAGAACUUCGAGGACAUGGAGAAGCAGUUUGCCGUGAAAGCGGUCGAACACCUGAUGACGUACUGGUCGAUUCUCGAGAAGGUUCGCGGCUCGCAGCUCCGAUUGACGAAGAUCGACGACGAAAUCUACGAGGACUUCAAGAAGGAAUUCCCCGACUUCGAUCCCAGCGCGACGAUCAACGAGGAUGAGAUGAAGAGCAAGGAGGGCAAGGAGAAGUGGCGCAACUGGAUGAACAAGUACGAGGAGAAGGUUGCCGACUUCAACUUCGGCACGAUGCUGCGCGCGAACCCCAGCGUUGAGUAUGAGCAGGAGACUACGAUCUUCGCUUUGCGAAUGCAGUUCUACGCGAUUGAAAUCGCAAGGAACCGUGCUGGCUUGAACGAUUGGGUCUAUGAGAAGAACCAUCCCGGCGAGAAGGCUUAAACACUCUGUGCUCUCGCGAUAAAACCACCUGCUCUGAAAAGACAUACUAGAUUCGGGACGGCUCGGCCUUGCAAUGGUCGCGCGGAGGGCGUAUAGUAUUGUUUGCGACACUAGAAGCAUGUUGCCCUAUCGGUAUCUCAGUCAGGUGGGCUACACAUGGCGGAUGAAGACAGUCUCGAAUCUCCCUGGCAUCAGCGCUAUUUAGAAGUCCUGGAACCAAAUAUGUACAUACAAUAUAUCAUUGCCUCCUUGAUGGGAAUAUAACGACGAUAAAUGGCAUGGCACAUGGCUAGCCGGGAAACCCCGACAUGCCCGAGAACAAUGGCAGUGGCGGACUGAUUAUUCUUUGACCAACUCUCGUCUUCAAUAUUACCGCAUUUGGACAAGGGCAAAAUACAUACCUCCCCCCGUUGCAUCAGACCGACCAAAU